AUGGGAGUAAAAACCGCAAAUCGAUCAACGAUUUAUCUCAAGGGUUCUACAAAAAUUAUCGUCGAAUUUUUCGAGUUCGCCAUAAAUAGCAUCUUAUACCAAAGAGGAAUUUAUUUUUCGGAAGACUUUAAAUUUGUCAAAAAAUAUGGGGUUACUUUGGUGAUGACAAUUGACGAUUCGUUAAAGCUAUACUUGAAGAGACUCUUGCCUCAAGUUGAAUCUUGGUUGAUGGCAGGAAAAAUCCAGAAACUCGUGUUGGCCAUCCUAGAUUUGGACUCUCGCGAAACACUCGAAAGAUGGCAAUUCGAUAUACAAGUCAUAGAUGAUAAUGAUUCUUCAAAGGGCAGCGCGUCAGCAAAGAAAAAAGAAAAAACGGAGAAACAGAUUCAAACUGAAAUCCGUGAAAUUAUUCGUCAGAUCACGUCAAGCAUUACAUUUCUACCAACACUGACAGACAAAUGUACUUUUAACAUCUUGGCGUAUACUGAUCGGGAUGCCGAGGUGCCAAUCGAAUGGGGUGAUUCGGAUCCUCACAUCAUUGAAAAUGCUGAACAAGUGCGCCUUAGGUCCUUUUCGACGAACUAUCAUAGAGUUGAUGCUAUGGUUUCGUAUAAGUUGGACGAAGACCUAUAA